AUUUCGGCCGCCCGCCUCCCCAAACCCGCCCAAUGCCCUAACCCCUCCGCCUCCCCCGCCCGCCGAACCCUAGCUCCCCCGCCCGCGCGCCGGCGAUGGCGGCCCCGCGCGCCGCCAAGCGCCCCAAGCUCGACCGGGGUGCAGCGCCGCCCCAGCGCGGGGAGGACGACUACGUGCCGGGGAACAUCGUGGAGGUCGAGCUCUGCAACUUCAUGACCUACGACCGCCUCGUCUGCCGCCCCGGCCCGCGCCUCAACCUCGUCGUCGGCCCCAACGGCUCCGGCAAGAGCUCCCUCGUCUGCGCCAUCGCACUCGGCCUCGCCGGAGACCCCAAUAUUCUCGGGAGAGCGUCCAGCGUCGGUGCGUUCGUCAAGAGAGGGGAGGUCGCCGGGCACGUCAAGAUAUCCCUCCGCGGGGAUACGCCUGACGAGAAUAUCUGCAUUACUAGGAAGAUUGAUACGAAGAACAAGUCCGAGUGGCUCCUCAAUGGUGCAACUGUCCCCAAGAAGGAAGUUAUUGAUGUGAUUAAGAAAUUCAAUAUUCAAGUUAACAACUUAACUCAGUUCUUGCCGCAAGACCGGGUGUCUGAAUUUGCAAAGCUAAGUCCCAUCCAACUUCUAGAAGAGACUGAAAAGGCAGUUGGUGAUCCUGAUUUACCUGUUCAGCAUCGACAACUUGUAGAGAGAAGUAAGGAACUGAAAGCGCUUGAAGUGGCCCUAAAGCAAAAGGAACGGACUUUGAACAAUCUGAAAGCCCUCAAUGCUGAACAAGAAAAAGAUGUUGAACGUGUUCGACUAAGAGAUAACCUCCUGAGAAAGGCUGAAUUAAUGAAGAAGAAGCUACCAUGGCUGAAAUUCGACAUGAUGCGGAAGGAAUUCACAGAAGUGAUACAGGAGCAGGAGAAAAUUGCGAAGAGGAAAAUGGAAGAAGCUGCCAGAAUCUGGGAAGAUUCAAAAGGCCCUAUUGAUGAACUCAAGAAACACAGGGCAGCUCAUACUUCAAAUAUAAAGAAGACAAGUAACCAAGUAAAUGAGAACAUGACCAACCGCAGGAAAGUUACAGACCAUGAACUGCAGCUGAAUGCAGAACUGAAAGCUGCUUUUGAUGACAUUGAUUAUUUGAAAAAGCAAGAAAAAUCUCGCCAGCAAAGGAUUCUGAAAGCUAAGGAAGACCUUGCUGCUGCUGAAAAAGAACUUGAAGAUCUACAGCCAUAUGAACUCCCUAAAGCUCAAAUGGCACAACUCACAGACCAAAUUGCACGAAUAAGUGUUGAGAUAAAAAAUCUAAAAGCAGAAAGGAAUUCUGUGGAGUCCCAGUUAGCUCGAGAGAAUGAAAGCAUGGGGAGAUGUUCUAAUAGGCUGAUGGAAAUGGAAAGCAAGAAUAGUAAGCUACUCCAAGCAUUGCAAAUGAUAGGCGCUGAUAAGAUCACUGAAGCAUACCACUGGGUGCAAGAUAACAAAAAAAAUUUUAGGGGGGAAGUAUAUGGACCUGUUCUCCUUGAGGUAAAUGUUGAGGAUAAGCUCCAUGCAACUUACCUGGAAAACCAUGUUCCAAACUAUAUAUGGAAGUCAUUCAUCACUCAGGAUGCUUCCGACCGUGACUACAUCUUUAGAGAAAUGAAGAAGUAUGGCAUCCCUGUUCUGAACUACAUAACGGACGAACGCGUAAGGCGACGACCGUUAAACAUUACUCCGGAGAUGAAGCAACUUGGGAUCUACUCCCGACUUGAUCAAGUAUUUCGAGCCCCGGAUGCUGUAAAAGAUGUUUUAAUUAAUCAGGCAAUGUUGGAUGAUUCGUACAUAGGUACAGAUGAAACUCAUCGCAGAGCAGAUGAGGUAUCAAAGUUGGGCAUUUCUGACUUUUGGACUCCGGAUAACCAUUACCGAUGGUCCAAAUCGAGAUAUGGUGGUCAUAUGUCAGCAUUUGUAGAUGCAGUCAAUCCUUCUCGUCUUUUCAAGAGCAAUCUUGAUGUAAGUGACAUUGAAAAUCUUCGACUUCAGAAAGAAAAGCAUGAAAGGAAUAUUGAAGGAAUGCUUGAAGUUUUAAAAGGUGUUCAGAGAAAACAGAGGCAAUUAGAAGAUAACGAGGCGAAUAUACACAAGCAAAAGGAAGAAAUUAUUAACAUGAUGAUGUCCCAAAAGAAGAGACAAGAAGAAAUAAAAAGGCGUGUUGAUAUGAGAAGGAGAGUGCUGGAGGACUUAUGCAAAGAGGAAGAUGUGGAAUCCAGCACAAGAAAGCUGGUUGAUCAGGUUGCUAACUUAAAGGACAAGCGAUUUCAAGCAAUGAUAAAACUUAAGGAUUUGCUUACUGAAGCUGUUGCUCUCAAAUGGAGCCACACAGAAAAGCAAAUGGCUUCCAUUGAGCUCGAUGCCAAGAUAUGGGAGAUGGAAAAGGGUGUGAAAAAACUUGAAAAGGAUGCUAAUCUGGCUGCCAGAGAAUAUGAAGAUCGUAAAAGAAUCACUCAGGAACAUAAGCGGAAGUUGGUUUUGGCACAACAGCACGCAGAGUCGAUAACCAUGAUCACUAAAGACAUUGAAAAAGAGUUUGAUGAGAUGCCUCGUACCGUAGAAGAACUGGAAACAGCAAUACAAGAUACUGAAUUGGAGGCAAAUUCUAUGCUAUUUCUAAACCAAAAUGUUUUGCAGGAGUAUCAAAACCGGCAACGCGAGAUAGAAUCAAUCUCAAAUAAACUUAAGGAUGAUAAAGACGAAUAUGAGAUAUGCUGCUCUGAAAUUGAAACUGUAAAGGGUAAAUGGCUUCCAACUCUGCGGACUCUUGUUUCAAAAAUAAAUGACACAUUCAGUCGUAACUUUCAAGAAAUGGCCGUUGCUGGAGAAGUUUCAUUGGAUGAGCAUGAUCUUGAUUUUGAUCAGUACGGCAUUCUUAUAAAGGUGAAGUUUAGGCAAACUAGUCAGCUGCAGGUGCUAAGUGCUCAUCACCAAUCUGGAGGGGAGCGAUCAGUAUCGACCAUAUUGUAUCUUGUGUCACUUCAAGAUCUUACCAACUGCCCCUUUCGGGUGGUUGAUGAGAUAAAUCAAGGAAUGGACCCCAUAAAUGAGAGGAAGAUGUUCCAGCAGCUUGUUAGAGCUGCCAGCCAAAUUAACACGCCACAGUGCUUCCUUCUGACGCCCAAGCUGCUACCUGAUCUGGAGUACAGCGAUGCCUGCAGCAUUUUGAACAUCAUGAACGGUCCAUGGAUUGAGAAGCCAGCGAAAGUUUGGAGCGCCGGGGAUUGUUGGAGGACGGUGAUGAGCGCUGCAGGGCAUUGAUUUGUUGAAUCCUGCGUCGGCAGCACUAGGCUUUUGUGAAGUUAAAAGUGUAGGUUAUCCCGAAGCAGCUUUUGGGUGAUCAAUUUAAGUUUUAGAUGUACCCCAUGUAAAUAUAGGAAAGCUAAGUUAGCUGAUGUCUAAGAACCGGAAGCUGGGUAGGCCUUUUGUUUGUUACUUGAACCGUUCUGUAGAAUGAUGUCUACCCGGUAGCUGACCAGCUGGUGUCUCUGCAAAUUGAUGCAGUGUAUGUUAGUUAUCCACCAGCAUAGUUCAGUGAUUCUUUUGCAGUGUGAAUCUACAUUGGCGAACCAUGUAGUUGGCGCCACGUCUAAUUGGCUACGCUACGGUCUGCUCCUGUAUCUGGUGGCUAAUGAGCACGCAAAAUUGUGACUUUUCUGGACAUA